UUUGCAGAAAUUACACUUAAACAGGUUGGUAUUAAACCUGUCUUUACUUAUUGAAACUCCUCUGGACAUCUGAUGGGUGAGAUAGGGACCUUCAUCUAGUAGUAUAUUGUUCUUGGCUGCUGAUGAUGAAUAUACGCAGUAUGUUUGCCAGCGUGAUAUCCACGUUCGAAUUAAUUAUUGACUGUUGACUGCUUUACUCUGGGCCAAACUGUCCUAAAGGCGAUACAUGACUGCGAAAUAUGACUGUUAAACAUGUUUAGUGAAGCAGAAUUGGCAAUGCACAAUCACAAUGAACAAGUUCUCUCGACACAGUCAAGAACAAUGUCUUUAAAAUAAAUAUAUAAUAGCGUGUGUGCUAUGAAGAAGGCCCAUUGCCCAAAACGUCACCUAUUUUUUUUUUAGGGCAGUGUUAUUAACAUGUGUAGAUUUUUUUUUAUGACCGUGAUUUAAUCGCACAUGCUAAACUCAAUAGUAAAAGUUAAACAAAUGACAACUGCAAACAAAAUCAUAUUUUUACAACUUGGGAAUGAAUUAUUUUGGCAUUUGAAAUAUGUCUUCUGUAGAUCCCGUAUCGCAAAAUCAUUCAACGUUCCUUUGACACCAUGAACAAAAAGGCGGGUCAAAGCCAAACUGCAUACACCCACAGUGAUUCACAAAGGUAAUUCCAAACCAGUUCUCAAAAGUAAUUUAAGGAGCUGACGUAUGAAGCGAGUAAGUCACGGCUGGUUUUGCUUCUGCUGUUUAAAGAGCACCUGUGAGCCUUAACAGACAUUGGUUUUAACCCACUGCUGAAACAAGCAGCAUCACUGGAGGGAAGGAGUGGGGUCUACUUCAUUGUUUAUCAUAAUCAGUCGAGAAGAUGCUUGCAAGAUCAAGAAUGAGGUUUAAAUGGCAAAUUUUUUUUAUUCUGUCGCUGUUAUUUUCAGCCUCGACUGAACAAUCUACAACUACUAACCUAUCGACUUCAACAGCACAAUCCACCACAACUGCACCUACAACACAGACAGCCACUACAGAAGUGACAACAACCACUCCGCAGGCAACCACAACAAAGGAAGUCACCACCCUAUCAACUUCAACAGAACAAUCCACCACAACUGCACCUACAACACAGACAGCCACUACAGAAUUGACAACUACCACGCCACAGGCAACCACAACAAAGGAAGUCACCACCCUUUCAACUUCAACAGAACAAUCCACCACAACUGCACCUACAACACAGACAGCCACUACAGAAUUGACAACUACCACGCCACAGGCAACCACAACAAAGGAAGUCACCACCCUUUCAACUUCAACAGAACAAUCCACCACAACUGCACCAACAACACAGACAGCCACUACAGAAUUGACAACUACCACUCCGCAGGCAACCACAACAAAGGAAGUCACCACCCUAUCGACUUCAACAGAACAAUCCACCACAACUGCACCUACAACACAGACGGCCACUACAGAAUUGACAACUACAACUCCGCAGGCAACUACAACUAAGGAAGUCACCACCCAAUCGACUUCAACAGAACAAUCCACCACAACUGCACCAACAACACAGACAGCCACUACAGAAUUAACAACUACCACUCCGCAGGCAACCACAACAAAGGAAAUUACCACCCUAUCGACUUCAACAGAACAAUCCACCACAACUGCACCAACAACACAGACAGCCACUACAGAAUUGGCAACUACCACUCCGCAGGCAACCACAACAAAGGAAGUCACAACCCUAUCGACUUCAACCGAACAAUCCACCACAACUGCACCAACAACACAGACAGCCACUACAGAAUUGGCAACUACCACUCCACAGGAAACCACAACAAAGGAAGUCACCACCCUAUCAACAUCAACAGCACAAUCCACCACAACUACACCUACAACACAGACAGCCACUACAGAAUUGACAACUACCACUCCACAGGCAACCACAACAAAGGAAGUCACCACCCUAUUGACUUCAACAGAACAAUCCACCACAACUGCACCUACAACACAGACAGCCACUACAGAAUUGGCAACUACCACUCCGCAGGCAACCACAACAAAGGAAGUCACAACCCUAUCGACUUCAACAGAACAACCCACCACAACUGCACCAACAACACAGACAGCCACUACAGAAUUGGCAACUACCACUCCACAGGCAACCACAACAAAGGAAGUCACCACCCUAUCGACUUCAACAGAACAAUCCACCGCAACUGCACCAACAACACAAACAGCCACUACAGAAUUGACAACUACCACUCCGCAGGCAACCACAACAAAGGAAGUCACCACCCUAUCAACAUCAACAGCACAAUCCACCACAACUGCACCUAUAACACAGACAGCCACUACAGAAUUGACAACUACCACUCCACAGGCAACCACAACAAAGGAAGUCACAACCCUAUCAACUUCAACAGAACAAUCCACCACAACUGCACCUACAACAGCCACUACAGAAUUGGCAACUACCACUCCACAGGCAACCACAACAAAGGAAGUCACAACCCUAUCAACUUCAACAGAACAAUCCACCACAACUGCACCUACAACAGCCACUACAGAAUUGGCAACUACCACUCCACAGGCAACCACAACAAAGGAAGUCACAACCCUAUCAACUUCAACAGAACAAUCCACCACAACUGCACCUACAACAGCCACUACAGAAUUGGCAACUACCACUCCGCAGGCAACAACAACAAAGGAAGUCACCACCCUAUCAACUUCAACAGCACAAUCCACCACAACUGCACCAACAACACAGACAGCCACUACAGAAUUGGCAACUACCACUCCACAGGCAACCACAACAAAGGAAGUCACCACCCUAUCGACUUCAACAGAACAAUCCACCACAACUGCACCUACAACACAGACAGCCACUACAGAAUUGGCAACUACCACUCCGCAGGCAACCACAACAAAGGAAGUCACAACCCUAUCGACUUCAACAGAACAACCCACCACAACUGCACCAACAACACAGACAGCCACUACAGAAUUGGCAACUACCACUCCACAGGCAACCACAACAAAGGAAGUCACCACCCUAUCGACUUCAACAGAACAAUCCACCACAACUGCACCAACAACACAAACAGCCACUACAGAAUUGACAACUACCACUCCGCAGGCAACCACAACAAAAGAAGUCACCACCCCAUCAACAUCAACAGCACAAUCCACCACAACUGCACCUACAACACAGACAGCCACUACAGAAUUGACAACUACCACUCCACAGGCAACCGCAACAAAGGAAGUCACAACCCUAUCAACUUCAACAGAACAAUCCACCACAACUGCACCUACAACAGCCACUACAGAAUUGGCAAGUACCACUCCACAGGCAACCACAACAAAUGAAGUCACAACCUUAUCAACUUCAACAGAACAAUCCACCACAACUGCACCUACAACAGCCACUACAGAAUUGGCAACUACCACUCUGCAGGCAACAACAACAACGGAAGUCACCACCCUAUCAACUUCAACAGCACAAUCCACCACAACUGCACCUACAACACAGACAACCACUACAGAAUUGACAACUACCACUCCACAGGCAACCACAACAAAGGAAGUCACAACCCUAUCAACUUCAACAGAACAAUCCACCACAAAUGCACCUACAACAGCCACUACAGAAUUGGCGACUAGCACUCCACAGGCAACAACAACAAAGGAAGUCACCACCCUACCAACUUCAACAGCACAAUCCACCACAACUGCACCAACAACACAUACAGCCACUACAGAAUUGGCAACUACCACUCCACAGGCAACCACAACAAAGGAAGUCACCACCCUAUCGACUUCAACAGAACAAUCCACCACAACUGCACCUACAACACAGACAGCCACUACAGAAUUGACAACUACCACUCCGCAGGCAACCACAACAAAGGAAGUCACCACCCUAUCAACUUCAACAGCACAAUCCACCACAAAUGCACCAACAACACAGACAGCCACUACAGAAUUGGCAACUACCACUCCACAGGCAACCACAACAAAGGAAGUCACAACCCUAUCAACUUCAACAGAACAAUCCACCACAAAUGCACCGACAACACAGACAGCCACUACAGAAUUGGCAACUACCACUCCACAGGCAACCACAACAAAGGAAGUCACCACCCUAUCAACUUCAACAGCACAAUCCACCACAAAUGCACCAACAACACAGACAGCCACUACAGAAUUGGCAACUACCACUCCACAGGCAACCACAACAAAGGAAGUCACAACGCUAUCAACUUCAACAGAACAAUCCACCACAAUUGCACCUACAACAGCCACUACAGAAUUGGCAACUAGCACUCCACAGGCAACAACAACAAAGGAAGUCACCACCCUAUCAACUUCAACAGCACAAUCCACCACAACUGCACCAACAACACAGACAGCCACUACAGAAUUGGCAACUACUACUCCACAGGCAACCACAACAAAGGAAGUCACCACCCUAUCAACUUCAACAGCACAAUCCACCACAACUGCCCCUACAACACAGACAGCCACUACAGAAUUGACAACUACAACUCCACAGGCAACCACAACAAAGGAAGUCACCACCCUAUCAACUUCAACAGCACAAUCCACCACAAAUGCACCAACAACACAGACAGCCACUACAGAAUUGACAACUACCACUCCGCAGGCAACCACAACAAAGGAAGUCACCACCCUAUCAACUUCAACAGCACAAUCCACCACAAAUGCACCAACAACACAGACAGCCACUACAGAAUUGGCAACUACCACUCCGCAGGCAACCACAACAAAGGAAGUCACCACCCUAUCAACUUCAACAGCACAAUCCACCACAAAUGCACCAACAACACAGACAGCCACUACAGAAUUGGCAACUACCACUCCACAGGCAACCACAACAAAGGAAGUCACCACCCUAUCAACUUCAACAGCACAAUCCACCACAACAUCACCUACAACAGUCACUACAGAAUUGACAUCCACCACUCCGCAGGCAACCACAACAAAGGAAGUCACCACCCUAUCAACUUCAACAGCACAAUCCACCACAACUGCACCUACAACAGCCACUACAGAAUUGACAUCAACCACUCCGCAGGCAACUACAACAAAGGAAGUCACCACCCUAUCGACUUCAACAGCACAAUCCACCACAACUGCACCUACAACAGCCACUACAGAAUUGACAACUACCACUCCGCCGGCAAUCACAACAAAGGAAGUCACCACCCUAUCAAUUUCAACAGCACAAUCCACCACAACUGCACCUACAACAACCACUACAGAAUUGAUAUCCACCACUCCGCAGGCAACCACAACAAAGGAAAUCACCACCCUAUCGACUUCAACAGCACAAUCCACCACAACUGCACCUACAACAGCCACUUCAGAAUUGACAUCAACCACUCCGCAGGCAACCACAACAGAGGAAGUCACCACCCUAUCAACUUCAACAGCACAAUCCACCACAAAUGCACCAACAACACAGACAGCCACUACAGAAUUGGCAACUACCACUCCACAGGCAACCACAACAAAGGAAGUCACCACCCUAUCAACUUCAACAGCACAAUCCACCACAACUGCACCUACAACAGCCACUUCAGAAUUGACAACUACAACUCCGCAGGUAACCACAACAAAGGAAGUCACCACCCUAUUGACUUCAACAGCACAAUCCACCACAACUGCACCUACAACAGCCACUUCAGAAUUUACAUCUACCACUCCAGAGACAACCACAACUAAGGAAGUCACCACCCUAUCGACUUCAACAGCACAAUCCACCACAACUGCACCUACAACAGCCACUUCAGAAUUGAUAUCAACCACUCCGCAGGCAACCACAACAAAGGAAGUCACCACCCUGUCAACUUCAACAGCACAAUCCACCACAACUGCACCUACAACAGCCACUACAGAAUUGACAUCAACCACUCCGCAGGCAACCACAACAAAGGAAGUCACCACCCAAUCAACUUCAACAGCACAAUCCACCACAACUGCACCUACAACAGCCACUACAGAAUUGACAUCCACCACUCCGCAGGCAACCACAACAAAGGAAGUCACCACCCUAUCGACUUCAACAGCACAAUCCACCACAACUGCACCUACAACAGCCACUACAGAAUUGACAUCAACCACUCCGCAGGCAAUCACAACAAAGGAAGUCACCACCCUAUCAACUUCAACAGCACAAUCCACCACAACUGCACCUACAACAGCCACUACAGAAUUGACAUCAACCACUCCGCAGGCAACUACAACAAAGGAAGUCACCACCCUAUCGACUUCAACAGCACAAUCCACCACAACUGCACCUACAACAGCCACUACAGAAUUGACAACUACCACUCCGCCGGCAAUCACAACAAAGGAAGUCACCACCCUAUCAAUUUCAACAGCACAAUCCACCACAACUGCACCUACAACAACCACUACAGAAUUGAUAUCCACCACUCCGCAGGCAACCACAACAAAGGAAAUCACCACCCUAUCGACUUCAACAGCACAAUCCACCACAACUGCACCUACAACAGCCACUUCAGAAUUGACAUCAACCACUCCGCAGGCAACCACAACAAAGGAAGUCACCACUCUAUCAACUUCAACAGCACAAUCCACCACAACUGCACCUACAACAGCCACGUCAGAAUUGACAACGACAACUCCGCAGGAUACCACAACAAAGGAAGUCACCACCCUAUCAACUUCAACAGCACAAUCCACCACAACUGCACCUACCACAGCCGCUACAGAAUUUACAUCUACCACUCCGCAGGCAACCACAACUAAGGAAGUCACCACCAUAUCGACUUCAACAGCACAAUCCACCACAACUGCACCUACAUCAGCUACUUCAGAAUUGACAACUACCACUCCGCAGGCAACCACAACAAUGGAAGUCACCACUCUGUCAACUUCAACAGCACAAUCCACCACAACUGCACCUACAACAGCCACUACAGAAUUGACAACUACUACUCCGCAGGUAACCACAACAAAGGAAGUCACCACCCUAUUGACUUCAACAGCACAAUCCACCACAACUGCACCUACAACAGCCACUACAGAAUUGACAUCAACCACUCCGCAGGCAACUACAACAAAGGAAGUCACCACCCUAUCGACUUCAACAGCACAAUCCACCACAACUGCACCUACAACAGCCACUACAGAAUUGACAACUACCACUCCGCCGGCAAUCACAACAAAGGAAGUCACCACCCUAUCAAUUUCAACAGCACAAUCCACCACAACUGCACCUACAACAACCACUACAGAAUUGAUAUCCACCACUCCGCAGGCAACCACAACAAAGGAAAUCACCACCCUAUCGACUUCAACAGCACAAUCCACCACAACUGCACCUACAACAGCCACUUCAGAAUUGACAUCAACCACUCCGCAGGCAACCACAACAAAGGAAGUCACCACUCUAUCAACUUCAACAGCACAAUCCACCACAACUGCACCUACAACAGCCACGUCAGAAUUGACAACGACAACUCCGCAGGAUACCACAACAAAGGAAGUCACCACCCUAUCAACUUCAACAGCACAAUCCACCACAACUGCACCUACCACAGCCGCUACAGAAUUUACAUCUACCACUCCGCAGGCAACCACAACUAAGGAAGUCACCACCAUAUCGACUUCAACAGCACAAUCCACCACAACUGCACCUACAUCAGCUACUUCAGAAUUGACAACUACCACUCCGCAGGCAACCACAACAAUGGAAGUCACCACUCUGUCAACUUCAACAGCACAAUCCACCACAACUGCACCUACAACAGCCACUACAGAAUUGACAACUACUACUCCGCAGGUAACCACAACAAAGGAAGUCACCACCCUAUUGACUUCAACAGCACAAUCCACCACAACUGCACCUACAACAGCCACUUCAGAAUUUACAUCUACCACUCCAGAGAUAACCACAACUAAGGAAGUCACCACCCUAUCGACUUCAACAGCACAAUCCACCACAACUGCACCUACAACAGCCACUUCAGAAUUGACAUCUACCACUCCGCAGGCAACCACAACUAAUGAAGUCACCACCCUAUCGACUUUAACAGCACAAUCCACCACAACUGCACCUACAUCAGCCACUUCAGAAUUGACAACUACCACUCCGCAGGCAACCACAACAAAGGAAGUCACUACCCUUUCAACUUCAACAGCACAAUCCACCACAACUGCACCUUCAACAGCCGCUACAGAAUUGACAUCUACCACUCCGCAGGCAACCACAACAAAGGAAGUCACCACCCUAUCAACUUCAACAGCACAAUCCACCACAACUGCACCUACAACAUCCACUACAGAAUUGACAACUACCACUCCGCAGGCAACCACAACUAAGGAAGUCACCACCCUAUCAACUUCAACAGCACAAUCCACCACAACUGCACCUACAACAGCCACUACAGAAUUGACAUCUACCACUCCGCAGGCAACCACAACAAAUGAAGUCACCACCCUAUCGACUUCAACAGCACAAUCCACCACAACUGCACCUACAACAGCCACUUCAGAAUUGACAACUACCACUCCGCAGGCAACCACAACUAAAGAAGUCACCAACCUAUCGACUUCAACAGCACAAUCCACCACAACUGCACCUACAACAGCCACUACAGAAUUGACAUCUACCACUCCGCAGGCAACCACAACUAAGGAAGUCACCACCCUAUCAACUUCAACAGCACAAUCCACCACAACUGCACCUACAACAGCCACUACAGAAUUGACAUCUACCACUCCGCAGGCAACCACAACAAAUGAAGUCACCACCCUAUCGACUUCAACAGCACAAUCCACCACAACUGCACCUACGACAGCCACUUCAGAAUUGACAACUACCACUCUGCAGGCAACCACAACUGAGGAAGUCACCACCCUAUCGACUUCAACAGCACAAUCCACCACAACUGCACCUACAACAGCCACUACAGAAUUGACAACUACUACUCCACAGGCAACCACAACAAAGGAAGUCACCACCCUAUCAACUUCAACAGCACAACCCACCACAACUGCACCUACAACAGCCGCUACAGAAUUGACAUCAACCACUCCGCAGGCAACCACAACUAAGGAAGUCACCACCCUAUCAACUUCAACAGCACAACCCACCACAACUGCACCUACAACAGCCGCUACAGAAUUGACAUCAACCACUCCGCAGGCAACCACAACUAAGGAAGUCACGACCCUAUCGACUUCAACAGCACAAUCCACCACAACUGCACCUAUAACAGCCACUUCAGAAUUGACAACUACCACUCCGCAGGCAACCACAACAAAAGAAGUCACCACCCUAUCAACUUCAACAGCACAAUCCACCACAACUGCACCUACAACAGCCACUACAGAAUUGACAACUACUACUCCGCAGGCAACCACAACAAAGGAAGUCACCACCCUAUCAACUUCAACAGCACAAUCCACCACAACUGCACCUACAACAGCCACUUCAGAAUUGACAACUACCACUCUGCAGGCAACCACAACUAAGGAAGUCACCACCCUAUCGACUUCAACAGCACAAUCCACCACAACUGCACCUACAACAGCCACUUCAGAAUUGACAACUACCACUCCGCCGGCAACCACAACAAAGGAAGUCACCACCCUAUCAACUUCAACAGCACAAUCCACCACAACUGCACCUACAACAGCCACUUCAGAAUUGACAACUACAACUCCACAGGUAACUACAACUAAGGAAGUCACCACCCUAUCAACUUCAACAGCACAAUCCACCACAACUGCACCUACAAUAGCCACUUCAGAAUUGACAACUACCACUCCGCAGGCAACCACAACAAAGGAAGUCACCACCCUAUCGACUUCAAUAGCACAAUCCACCACAACUGCACCUACAACAGCCACUUCAGAAUUGACAACUACCACUCCGCAGGCAACCACAACAAUGGAAGUCACCACCCUAUCAACUUCAACAGCACAAUCCACCACAACUGCACCUACAACAGCCACUACAGAAUUGACAUCUACCACUCCGCAGGCAACCACAACAAAGGAAGUCACCACCGUAUCGACUUCAACAGAACAAUCUACCAUAAUCACAGAAGCAAUCACCCAAGCCCCUACCACAACUUCACAAUCCACCACAAAUACGCCAACAACAACGGAGACAACCACCGUACAUUUGACAACAACCACACCACAGACAACCACACCAACCACAACACUGCAAACUACCACCCAAUCAACUUCACAAACAACCACAAAUACACCGACAACAGACACAACCACCGUACAUUUGACAACAACCACACCGCAGACAACCACACCAACCACAACACUGCAAACUACCACCCAAUCAACUUCCCAAUCCACCACAAAUACUCCGACAACAACAGAGACAACCACUGUAAAAUUAACAACAACCACUCCACAGACAACCACACCAACCACAACAUUGCAAACUACCACCCAAUCAACUUCACAAACAACCACAAAUACACCGACAACAGACACAACCACCGUACAUUUGACAACAACCACACCGCAGACAACCACAACACAUCAAGCCACCACACUAUCGACUUCAACAGAACAAUCUACCAGAAUCACAGAAGCAAUCACCCAAGCCCCAACCACAACUUCACAAUCCACCACAAAUACGCCACCAACAACGGAGACAACCACCGUACAUUUGACAACAACCACACCGCAGACAACCACACCCACCACAACACUGCAAACUACAACCCAAUCAACUUCACAAUCCACCACAAAUACACCGACAACAACAGAGACAACCACUGUAAAAUUAACAACAACCACACUGCAGACAACCACACCAACCACAACAUUGCAAACUACCACCCAAUCAACUUCCCAAUCCACCACAAAUACACCGACAACAGAGACAACCACUGUAAAUUUGACAACAACCACACCGCAAACUACCACACCAACCACAACAAAAGAAACUACCACCCAAUCAACUUCACAAUCCACCACAAAUACAUUGACAACAGAGACAACCACUGUAAAAUUAACAACAACCACACCACAAACUACCACGCCAACCACAACAAAAGAAACUACCACCCAAUCAACUUCCCAAUCCACCACAAAUACACCGACAACAGAGACAACCACUGUAAAUUUGACAACAACCACACCGCAAACUACCACGCCAACCACAACAAAAGAAACUACCACCCAAUCAACUUCACAAUCCACCACAAAUACACCGACAACAGAGACAACCACUGUAAAAUUAACAACAACCACACCACAAACUACCACGCCAACCACAACAAAAGAAACUACCACCCAAUCAACUUCCCAAUCCACCACAAAUACACCGACAACAGAGACAACCACUGUAAAUUUGACAACAACCACACCGCAAACUACCACGCCAACCACAACAAAAGAAACUACCACCCAAUCAACUUCACAAUCCACCACAAAUACACCGACAACAGAGACAACCACUGUAAAUUUGACAACAACCACACCGCAAACUACCACGCCAACCACAACAAAAGAAACUACCACCCAAUCAACUUCACAAUCCACCAUAAAUACACCGACAACAGAGACAACCACUGUAAAUUUGACAACAACCACACCGCAAACUACCACGCCAACCACAACAAAAGAAACUACCACCCAAUCAACUUCACAAUCCACCACAAAUACACCGACAACAGAGACAACCACUGUAAAUUUGACAACAACCACACCGCAAACUACCACGCCAACCACAACAAAAGAAACUACCACCCAAUCAACUUCACAAUCCACCAUAAAUACACCGACAACAGAGACAACCACUGUAAAUUUGACAACAACCACACCGCAAACUACCACGCCAACCACAACAAAAGAAACUACCACUCAAUCAACUUCACAAUCCACCACAAAUACACCGACAACAGAGACAACCACUGUAAAUUUGACAACAACCACACCGCAAACUACCACGCCAACCACAACAAAAGAAACUACCACCCAAUCAACUUCACAAUCCACCAUAAAUACACCGACAACAGAGACAACCACUGUAAAUUUGACAACAACCACACCGCAGACAACCACACCAACCACAACAAAAGAAACUACCACCCAAUCAACUUCACAAUCCACCACAAAUACACCGACAACAAUCACAACAGCAUCUUCAACCACAACAUCUCUCCCCACCACACUUGCAUCACCAACAACAUUGACAACAAUCACAACAGCAUCACCAUCAACCACAACAAAAUCUCCAACCACAAUAGUGUCACAAACAACAUAUACCCCAACUACAACCACUCUUCCAACAACAGCUUCAACAACAUCUUCAACAACAUCUUCAACAUCGCCAACCACAACAGCAUCGCCAUCUACAACAUCUCCAGUACCAGGUUUGCCAAGAAAUCUAACUCUUGCCAGUGGAGGAGUAACAAACACAUCUCUGCAAGUCAUUUGGCUGAGUGCUCUGGGAGAUGUUGAACGAUACACGGCAUUAAUCUCUCCUGGAGAUUCACCCUCCAUUGCUGUUAGCCCGAAUGGUUCACUCAAUGCCAAGUUUGCUGGGCUGAGACCCGGAGUCCUAUACAUCAUCACUGUGAAAGCCAUUGGGAAAGGAAAUCUCUCUGGUGAAGGAGUGUCUGUGACUGCGAGGACAGUUCCAGGGAAUGCAAGGAAUUUGACCUUCACCAGUCAAGGAGUGACCAACAAGUCCUUGGAAAUUGUCUGGACGAGCGCUCAGGGCGACGUGGCACAAUAUUCGGUGCUCAUCUCUCCGGCAAACGUUUCUGCCCUUUCCAUCAGUCCAAAUGGGUUACUCAUCGCCAAGUUUGAUAAUUUGAGAGCAGGUGUCCUCUAUGUCAUCAACGUGAAAACCAUUGAUUAUGGGAAUAACUCCAAUGAUGGGGUAUCUGUGACGCAAAGAACAGACGUUGACGAGUGCAGCGAUGGGAGCAACAAAUGCGCUCAGGUGUGCAAUGAGCUGAACCUCUUUGAGAACAGCCAGGGCUACAACUGCAGCUGCUUCGGUGGCUUCAAGAUGCAGCAAGAUGGCAUAAGUUGUCAGCCUAUUGUGAGCUGCACACUGGCCUGUACCAAUGGAAGGUGCUUUAUUGAUCCCAACACAAAGAGGCCAACCUGCUCCUGUAACAAUGGUUACGUCCUUGAUAAAAGCAAGCAAAACUGCUUAGAUUUGAAUGAAUGUGAAGAACAGCCUAAACCGUGUGAGCAAGAAUGCUCUAACACCAUCGGAAGUUACAAGUGCUCCUGUUCUCCUGGGUUCACGCAGGAUCUCGUUGUUGCUAACAGAUGCAUUGAUGUUGAUGAGUGCCAGAGUAAUCCUUGCACAAAUUCUGGCACCUGUCAAAACAUGGUAAAUAAAUUCUCCUGCCAUUGUACCAGUGGGUGGACCGGUGUCUACUGUGAUGAAGAUGUAAAUGAAUGUGCCUCUAGACCAUGCUCCCAUGGAGGAACCUGUGUCAACACACCGGGCUCCUUCUCUUGCAGAUGUGCACCCGGUUGGAGUGGGACCCUCUGUACACUGCUUGUGGAUGAAUGUGCUUCCAACCCGUGCAUCCACGGCACCUGUGUGGAUCAGGUCAACGCCUUCUUCUGCAGAUGUGACGAGGGGUGGUCGGGCGACACAUGCACUACGAACAUCGACGACUGCGUGAAUGCACAGUGCCAAAAUGGUGCAACCUGCAUUGACAUUCUGAAGGGAUACAACUGUUCCUGUGUGCUGGGAUACAAAGGGCAAUACUGCCAAUACAAUAUCGAUGACUGCAUUGGAAACGAGUGUCAGCACAAUAGCGCAUGUCUGGAUGGUGUCAAUAGUUACUUGUGCCUUUGUCCGAGUGGAUGGACUGGUCUUCGCUGUGCAACUGACAUUAAUGAGUGCGUAGUUGGACCUUUUCCCUGCCACGGAACGCUUGGGCUCUGUACCAACACGCCUGGCUCAUACGCUUGCUCGUGCAAGCCUGGCUAUGAGGGAGAUGGCAUUCAGUGCUUCGAGAAGAGGCUCUUCGAUUAUGGGAGAAAUGUGUACGACCAAAGUCCGUAUAUUUGGGGCACAGACUACGUGUCUCCGUUCUUCUCACCACCGUACGGAUUUCCAUUCGGAACCAGGUUCUACCAACAGUUGUAUUUCACAGACAACGGGUUGAUUGUGUUCAAAGAAAACGAAGACCAAUCAAAGUUUGCUUAUCCCAAUCCAACUAGAAAUUCAUGGUGGUACUAUACUCCCAUGAUUGCAGUUUUCUGGGACGAUUGUGACUUCUCAUCCGGCAUUGGAAAAAUAUAUUACCAGGAGUAUGACUUUACUGUGGGCAACCCGAGCCAAAAUGCAAUAGAGCUCCGUCAAAAGGUGCAGGAGCAGGUCCGAGCCAACUUCAGCUCUACGUCGGAUAUACAAAACUAUGUGCCCACCUGGAUGUUAAAGAUCACCUGGGAGGAAGCUCCUGCUGUGCCAGCAAGCAACAAUGGCAGAUAUACAAACACAUUCCAAGCCAUCUUGAGCACAGAUGGCAUAUUUUCAUUCUGCCUACAAAUAUUUAAGGAUGGAGGCAUGCGAUGGAGAACAGAAGUUAGAGAUGUCAACAAUGUUGUCAUGGGCUUCAUGAGUGGAUACGGAAAUAGCCUUUACAUUGACCCAAUCUCAGUGUCGCCAAAUGUCACCGUACGAUAUCGUCCAGACCAGGCUGUUGGAACAAAUACAGGCUUGAAGGGGAGAUCAACACUCAGGUUGGAUCUUAACUCAGUGUAUACCAAAAAUCCAAAACGCGAAUGCCUAAAUUGGUAUCAAAAUGAGGGAUACGCCCCCUACUUCAGUCCCUUCACUACCUGCCCUUGCUUCUACUGGCAAGGGUAUUUUGACAUGUCCUACGUUGACGGGAACAUCAUACAAAUGUAUGGCUACAAUCCUCCCUACGUCUCAGGAGCAUCUCGGAGUCUGCAGAGCCUUUGGCCAGACUACAAUCGUGGAGGGGUGAGAUGCCACUAUAGCUGGUCGGGCUCUCUGCUGUCUGGUGGGUACGAGAGGUAUCUGCCCACUCCUUGGUACUACUGGUCGUGGUGGUGGUGGGGUGGGGCGUAUUAUAUGCAACAACAAAGACAAGAAUAUCAACAAAAGGAAGCGGAUCCCUACCGAUACUGCUGUCAGUCUGGAGACAGUCGGCUGUGUCGCCUGUACCAAGAGAAACGCCCUCGCAACCAAUGCUCCUUCUACAGGCCUCCCUUCUUCGCGUUUCUCCUUGGCGACCCUCACAUCACGACGCUGGACAACGUCUCGUACACCUUUAACGGCCUGGGCGAGUACACGGUCUUGGAGGUGUCUGCCGAUCAGAACCAUUUCACCAUGCAGGCCCGGACGGCGAUCGCAGGGUCCAAUGGGACCUCAAAAGCCACGUCGUUUGUGGCCAUCGUGGCCCAAGAAAAUGGCAGCAGCAAGGUUGAAUGGAUUCUCAAAGACAACAUCACUAUCGUGCUAUUAGAUAGUCAAGUUACUCAAGUCUCAGAAAACAAAACGUUUUUCAACCAGACGUCAGUCGAGCUGUCGUAUGGGUCAGUCAUCGCGUCGUUCCCAUCGGGUAUCUCCGUGAAUGUGACGACUUCUUACGGGGCGCUCAACUUCAUCACCCUGCUACCCCAAAAAUUCGUCAACCAAACGCAAGGCUUGCUGGGUGUUUUCAACGGUGAUCCUAAAGAUGAUUUUAAAUCUAAGAAUGGCACUGUGCUGCCCUUCGAUGGAACAAAUAUCCCUCCAGAGAACCAGCUAUACUAUGAUUUUGGAGUCACAUGGCAAAUCGCUGCAAACACGAGCUUGUUUUCCUACAACACCAGUGCUGGGGAGAGCUGGCACACCUACAACAACAACAGCUUUGUGCCGAUGUUUUAUGAAGAACUCCUUAAUCGGACAUCGGCCGAAAAGCUGGCCAACGUCAGCGCUUCCUGCGGAGGGCAAAAGGACUGCAUUUUUGAUGUGCUCAGCACUGACGACCCCAAUUUUGGAAUGGCCACGAAGAACAGCGCUGGAGAAUUUGGAUCGCAGGGCCAAACACUGCAAAACUUCCCUCCCAACAUUACAAGCAGCGGACAGCUCUCGACCAAAGUGAAUUCCACGGUGUGGGCCAAAGUAAUUGCAGAGGACCCCAAUAACGACACCAUUGUCUUCACCCUUACGACAAACUCAUCAGGCCUCACGAUUACAAGCGAUGGGAAUUUGACGUGGAGUCCCAGAAGCUCGGAGCCAGCGUUUGGCGUGGUGAGCGCCAGCGACGGCAAGGCCUCCUCUGCGCUGCUGCUCAACCUCACUCUGUGCAACUGCAGCGCGAAUUCCAUGUGCCUCUCCAACCAGACCACCCUGAGCAUCAAUGGCAGCGACGGAUCCACUUUUCAGGUUUCCGGCUGUCUGUGUGAUCCUGGCUACGCGGGAGCGUACUGCACGGACGACUACAAUGCCUGUGUAGACAGCCCUUGUCAUCCUGGAGUGAACUGCACGGAUGAUCGUGCACCCUCCCUAGGCUUUUCGUGUGGGCCCUGUCCCGCUGGGCUCACAGGCAACGGGAGCAAGUGUUUCGAUGUGGACGAGUGCGUGUUACAGCUGUCUACGUGUAAUCAAACGUGCACGAAUAUAUUUAAUGGCUACACAUGCAGCUGCAAUGAGGGCUACCGUAAUGUCACCAUGAACAGCGACAGAUGUGAAGAUAUUGAUGAGUGUGCCCUGAAUUCAUCUCUUUGUGUCAACAAUGCCCAUUGUGUAAACACACCUGGACACUAUGACUGCAGAUGCAAUGCUGGCUUCAGAGGAGAUGGAUUUAUGGUUUGUCAAGAUGAAGAUGAAUGUUCAGUCGGAAAUAAUCCUUGCUCAUCCGUAAACAAUUCAUUUUGCGAAAAUAGCAUCGGGUCCUAUUCCUGCGUCUGCACUUCCGGCUAUAAUGGCACAAAUUGUGAAGAUAUAAAUGAAUGCAUAAGUGGGCAGAACACUUGUUCCGUCGACGCCAAUUGCACCAAUACGAUCGGCUCCUAUACGUGUGCAUGCAAACUGGGCUAUGAAGGAAAUGGCAGGGACUGUAUGGAUAUCGACGAAUGUAUGAGGGGAACAAACAGUUGUAAUAGCAGUAUAUCGGAUUGUAUGAACAAUAAUGGGUCAUAUUACUGCACCUGUGCUCGUGGAUUCACUGGGAAUGGAACCUACUGCGCAGAUAUAAAUGAAUGCACGGCCAAUCCAUACUUGUGCCAGGACACAGAAGAAUGUAUGAAUAUUUUUGGAAGUUACAAAUGCGAGUGCUUACCAGGCUACAAAAGGAAUGGAACAGUUUGUACAGAUGUUGAUGAGUGCAAGGAAAACCAACCAUGUGACGCGAACACGAUGGUGUGCAGCAACACGAUUGGAUCAUACACAUGUCCAUGCAAGGCGGGAUACCAGUAUAAUAGCACACUUCGAAUCUGUACUGACACGGACGAGUGUGUCGUUUCAUCGUUAAACAACUGCUCGAGGACGACAGGGCUCUGCCAAAAUUUCGAUGGAAGUUUCAAGUGCCAGUGCAUCGCUGGCUAUACAGGAGACGGAGUCACGUGCACAGAUAUCGAUGAGUGUAGCCCACCGGAAAAUACAACGCAGCCCUGCAAAGGCCCUGUCGGAGUGAGAUGUAACAACACCAUUGGCCACUACACAUGCAGCUGUCCCCUUGGAUACUACUUGGACAGUGAUGGAACCACAUGCAAAGAUGUUGAUGAAUGCAGCAGAGGACUCCACAACUGCACCCAGAACUGCACGAACAUCGAAGGAGGCUUCACCUGCAGCUGCUUUGCCCGUUUCAGCUCUGUGAAUGGGACUUGUAAACCAAACCAAACUUGUGUGACGGAUGUUUGCAAUGGAACUGGAGACUGUUACAUUGAUGAAACAACUCUCCCAGGAUGUUCCUGCAAUUCUGGGUACACCCUCAAUGGCACGAGCAAAACGCAAUGCAUCAAUAUUGAUGAGUGCAGCUUGUCCGUGGCUGAUGGACAGACACCUUGCGACUCCAUAUACGGGACAUGCACUGACACAAUCGGCAGCUUCAAGUGUGGAUGUGUGGCUGGCUACGUGGUCGUUAGCGACAGCCGGACCUGCCAAGACGUGGACGAGUGUCAGAGCGGAAUCUACAACUGCACUCAAUAUUCCACAUGUCAUAACUUAGAUGGAAAUUAUACCUGCAUCUGCAACAGUGGAUAUGUCCAAUCUGGAGAGACGUGUGUAGAUGUUGAUGAGUGUCAAAAAGCAGGUAGUGCUCUCUGUGGUCAUGGAGCCUACUGUGAUAACACAAUGGGUUCAUACGCAUGCAGGUGUCUUGCGGGAUACGUAGGCAAUGGCACUGUCUGCCUGGAUGUGGAUGAGUGUCUGCUCCCCAGCAACAACUGCAGUGCCAAUUCAACUUGCGAGAACACGGCAGGCUCCUACCAAUGCAAGUGUGAUGCUGGUUUCCAAAAAACUGGAGAGAUGUGCACAGAUGUCGAUGAGUGUCUGAAAUUUGGCAGUGCGGCCUGUGGGCCAGGAGCCUACUGUGUCAACACGGUGGGUUCAUACAGUUGCCCGUGUCUUGUGGGAUACAUAAGCAAUGGCACUCACUGCCUGGAUGUGGACGAGUGUCUGCUCCCCAACAACAACUGCAGUGCCAAUUCAACCUGCAAGAACACGGCAGGCUCCUACCAAUGCAAUUGUGAUGCUGGUUUCCAAAAAACUGGAGAGAUGUGCACAGAUGUCGAUGAGUGUCUGAAAUUUGGCAGUGCGGCCUGUGGGCCAGGAGCCUACUGUGUCAACACGGUGGGUUCAUACAGUUGCCCGUGUCUUGUGGGAUACAUAAGCAAUGGCACUCACUGCCUGGAUGUGGACGAGUGUCUGCUCCCCAACAACAACUGCAGUGCCAAUUCAACCUGCAAGAACACGGCAGGCUCCUUCCAAUGCAAUUGUGAUGCUGGUUUCCAAAAAACUGGAGAGAUGUGCACAGAUGUCGAUGAGUGUCUGAAAUUUGGCAGUGCGGCCUGUGGGCCAGGAGCCUACUGUGCCAACACGGUGGGUUCAUACAAUUGCCCGUGUCUUGCGGGAUACGCAGGCAAUGGCACUCACUGCCUGGAUGUGGACGAGUGUCUGCUCCCCAACAACAACUGCAGUGCCAAUUCAACCUGCGAGAACACGCCAGGCUCCUUCCGAUGCAAUUGUUAUGCUGGUUUCCAAAGUAAUGCUACUGUGUGCGAGGACAUCGACGAGUGUGGGAGAGUCCCAGCUGUGUGUGGCUUGGGAACGGUUUGUGAGAACACAGUGGGGUCAUACCGCUGUCCCUGCGCUCCAGGAUAUCAACGCAACACAAGUGAUGGAAAUGCAACAUGCUCACUGGCAACGACAUAUUCAACCACGCCAUGGACUGCUAAUUCAACACAGUCACCACAGACAGCAAGUCCACCAAGAUCAACCACCUCAAACACAACGAGUAAUUCUACAGUAUUCUUCACAUCAGAAGGUGUAUCGGCCGUGACUGCACCAAUAAAUGCAUCAUUCGCUGAAAUUACUCAACCUCCAUCAUUCUCAACAUCAGCCGCCCUGGUAACAAAUACAACUGAUUCUAUUAAUGCAACCACUACCGCUGUGGAGACAUCACCAAUAACAGCGCCCUCAGACACAACAGCAGCAAAUACAUCAGCUGUGACUCAAGCUCCAUCAUUCUCAACAUCAGCCGCCCUGAUAACAAAUACAACUGAUUCUAUUAAUGCAACCGCUACCACUGUGGAGACAUCACCAAUAACAGCGCCCUCAGACACAACAGCAGCGAAUACAUCAGCUGUGACUCAAGCUCCAUCAUUCUCAACAUCAGCCGCCCUGAUAACAAAUACAACUGAUUAUAUUAAUGCAACCGCUACCGCUGUGGAGACAUCACCAAUAACAGCGCCCUCGGACACAACAGCAGCGAAUACAUCAGCUGUGACUCAAGCUCCAUCAUUCUCAACAUCAGCCGCCCUGAUAACAAAUACAACUGAUUCUAUUAAUGCAACCGCUACCGCUGUGGAGACAUCACCAAUAACAGCGCCCUCAGACACACCAGCAGCGAAUACAUCACCUGUGACUCAACCUCCAUCAUUCUCAACAUCAGCUGCCCCGGUAGCAAAUACAACUGAUUCUAUUAAUGCGACCGCUACCGCUGUGGAGACAUCACCUAUAACAGCGCCCUCAGACACACCAGCAGCGAAUACAUCAGCUGUGACUCAACCUCCAUCAUUCUCAACGUCAGCCGCCCCGGUAACAAAUACAACUGAUUCUAUUAAUGCAACCACUACCGCUGUGGAGAUAUCACCAAUAACAGCACCCUCGGACACACCAGCAGCGAAUACAUCAGCUGUGACUCAACCUCCAUCAUUCUCAACAUCAGCCGCCCCGGUAACAAAUACAACUGAUUCUAUUAAUGCAACCACUACCGCUGUGGAGACAUUACCAAUAACAGCGCCCUCAGACACACCAGCAGCGAAUACAUCAGCUGUGACUCAACCUCCAUCAAUCUCAACAUCAGCCACCCCGGUAACACAUAUAACAGAUUCUAUGAAUGCAACCACUACCAUUGUAAACACAUCACUAAUAACAGUGCCCUCAAACACAGCAGCGAAUACAUCAGCUGUGGAGUCGACAACAGCAUCAACAACGAGAGUUGGGACCGAAAGCACAUUAGUGAAUAUAAAUGCAACAAGUCCCGUAGCUCUAACAGCGUCAUCAAACGCAACUUCAAAGACCACUGUGACAUCAGUGACCACCGCAGCAAUGUCCACAAUAGGACCUAAUAGCACAAACGUGACUCUACCAAUAGUAUUAGGGACAUCAAGCACAACAACCACAGCCGCCACAAUGACACCAGCGGCUCCCAAUUCCUCAACGGUAGCGUCGACAAGUGCGAGUCUGCUGUUGUCGCCUGCUACAUCGAACACGACAGCAGCUAACACAGCUGUGGGCUCGGCAACAACAUCAACAACUACAUUGCCAACCAAUAGCACAACAGUGACUGCGCUUACAAACCAGUCAACAAGCACAGCUGUGACUCAACAGAUAGUGAACUCACCCACCUCAUACACAACAAUAAUAUCAACAGUGUCAUCGUCUACGGCCUCAACCACAAAUGCAACAGUCACUCCGGCUUCAACAAUUAGUAGCAUUUCAACGGUGACAUCUCCAACGACUUCAUCGACUUCCACCACUGUGUCUAACUCAGGUACAACACCAACUUCAAAUGGGACAACAACACAAUCCACAACAAAUGUUAUUACAUCGUCGAUAUCACUGACACCAUCAUCCGCAACAACUGUCUCCACGACCUCGGUGCCAACUACGACUGCAAUCGUGGUGCCGGGACUCGUGAAAAAUUUGACUUUGACCAGCCAAGGGGUGAAAAACACCUCCCUGGAGGUUGUGUGGCUGGCUGCCGAGGGUUAUGUGGAGCAGUACAUUGCAUUCAUCUCUCCUCAAGAGGCAUCGGCUGUGUCGGUCAGCCCGAACGGGUCACUCACAGCCAGGUUUUCUGGUCUACGUCCUGGUGUUGAAUACACAAUCACGGUCAAAACCUUCGGAAGAGGCAAUGUCUCCAAUGCCGGAGUGUCAGUGAAGCAAGUAACAGCACUCAACACCUGCAACCUUGCCUGCACCAACGGCCAAUGCUUCAUUGAUGGGAACACAUCAAUGUCUACCUGCUACUGUAACAGUGGGUUCAGCCUCACCAGCCCGCAGAUAUGCAGUGAUGUGGAUGAAUGUCAGUCGAGGCCUUGCAAACAUGGAGGCAGCUGUGCCAACACUCAAGGCUCCUACUCGUGUACCUGUGUGUCAGGCUGGAGUGGGCUGAACUGCACAGAGAAUAUCGAUGAUUGUGUAUCCUCUCCAUGCAUUCACGGAAGAUGCAUAGAUCAAACUAAUAAUUACAUCUGCCAAUGUGAUUCUGGAUGGACCGGAAAAUUAUGCAAUGAAAAUAUUGAUGACUGCAUUAACGUCGUUUGCCUGAAUGGAGGAUCCUGCAGUGACUUGGUAAAUGCAUUCACGUGCAUUAACUGUAAAUUGGGAUACACAGGAAAAUUCUGCCAUCAAAAUAUUGACGAGUGUGCUGGAAGUGUAUGCCAAAAUAGUGGAACCUGUUUGGAUGGUGAUAAUAGCUACACUUGUAUUUGCCGGAGUGGAUGGAGAGGUGUGAACUGCUCAGAAGAUGUUGACGAGUGCAUAGCGCAUCCCUGUCAUGCCACGCGUGCCACCUGCACCAACACAGCGGGCUCCUACAGCUGCAAAUGCAAUGCCAGUUACGAGGGAGAUGGUGUUCAAUGCAUUGAGAAAAGACUUUUCGAAUAUGGACCAACUGUGGGUGACAUAACUAUGAAGCCCAAUUCCACGGAUUCAGUGUCUCAGUUCUUCUCACCUCCGUAUGGAUUUCCUUUUGCCUCCAAGUUCUACCAGCGGUUGUAUUUUACAGACAAUGGCCUGAUUAUUUUCAAAGAUGUCGAAGAUUCAACGAGGUUUGCCUAUCCCAACCCCUACAUCAACGGUUUUACAGAUACCUCUUCAAUCCCUAUGAUUGCCGUGUUCUGGGAUGAUGCUGACUUCUCCUCAGACACUGGGGCGAUGUACUAUCAGGAGUAUGAUUUUACUCAAGGCCUCAGCAAUAAAACUGAUGCCUUGAACCUUCGUGGGAAGGUGAUGGAGCAGAUCCGAGCCAACUUUAGCAGCCAGUCAGACACACGUGGCUAUGAACCCACAUGGAUGUUGAAGAUCACCUGGGUGGAUGCCCCGGCUGUGCCUGCCAGGAGCAACUUUAAAUACACGAACACCUUCCAGGCCGUUCUGAGCACGGAUGGCGACUCCUCGUUCUGCCUCAUAUUUUUCAAAGAUGGAGGCAUGCAAUGGAGGCCAGAAGCCAGAGACCCCGGCUCUAACAAUGCCCUCAUGGGAUUCAAUAGUGGAUCAAACCGGUUCUAUUACAAUGACGCACUGUCAAGAUCCACAAAUCCAGCUCGCUAUCGCCCAGAUACGGUCAUUGGAAACAAUACUGGUCUAACAGGAAGAUGGGCUUACAGACUGGAUACAAACUUUGCUGUGACCACUAAUCCAAAGCGCAAGUGUAUGGACUGGUAUAGGAAUGAGUUAGUCCUGCCUUCCAUCAGCAGAUUCACUACCUGCCCCUGCUCUUUGUGGCAAGGACAGUUUGACAUGUCCUACAUCACUGGGGACCUCAUAUCCAGAUAUGGAUACCAGCCUCUAAAUGUCACAGGUUCAUUUAUGAGCUUGCAGAACUUCAAUAAAGAUAGAUUUGGUGGAGGGGUGAGAUGCCACUACAACACAUUUGGGGCCCUUGUGUCUGGGUCGUAUGAGAGGUAUCUUCCUACCCCUUGGAUCACCAACACUCUGCAGCAAGACAUUCAACUUUACUCGACAAAUGAAGUACAACCAUAUCAAUCAUGUUGCCAGUCUGGAGAUGCCAGGCUUUGCAGUCUGUACCAACAGAAACGCCCUCCCAACCAAUGUGCUUUCUACAGGCCACCCUUUGCUGCAUUUCUCAUUGGCGACCCUCACAUCACGACCCUGGACAAUGUCUCGUACACCUUCAAUGGCCUGGGAGAGUACACUGUGUUGGAAGCGGUUGGAGAUGGGGUGAAUUUCACCAUGCAGGGCCGCACAGGAAUUGCGAGGACCAAUGCCUCCGCCAAUAUUUCUUCAAAAGCAACUUCCUUCAUAGCCAUUGUUGCACAGGAGACCGGCGGCAUUAAGGUUGAAUGGAUUCUCAAAAACAGCAGCAUAUUAGUACUGGUAGAUGGCAAACAGAUCAAUUCAACAGAUGACAUCUACAGGCAGAACGUGUCGAUCAAAUGGACAAUAACCGGACAGGUGGUAGCCACCUUCGCAUCAGGCAUCUCAGUGAACGUGUCCAGCCUUCCUGGGGCCCUCAACUUCAUCACCUCAUUGCAAGAGAGUUUUAACAACCGCACGAAAGGCCUGCUGGGUGUUUUCAACAAGGAUCCCACCGAUGACUUCCAAGCUUCAAAUGGAACAGUUCUUCGCUUCAACGGAAGCAGUGUGCCUCCUGAAUCGCAAAUAUAUUAUAGCUUUGGAGUUACAUGGCAAACAAAGCCAAGCACAAGCCUGUUUACUUAUAACGCCACCAGUGGGGAGACUUGGUCCACAUUCAACAACAACAGCUUUGUGCCUACAUUCUAUGAAGAACUCAUAAGUCAGAUAUCUGCAGAACGACUUGCCUCCAUUAACGCUUCAUGUGGAGGACAGUUUGACUGCAUAUUUGACGUGCUGAGUACCGGGGACACCAACUUUGGGGUGGCCACAUCGCAGAGCGCUAUGGAAUUUGGCUCUCAGCAGAAAGCUCUCCAAAACUUCCCUCCCAACAUUACCAGCGACGGGCAAAUUUCUGCCACGCUGAAUCAAGUAGUUACAGUCAAUAUCAGCGCAGUGGACCCGAACAACGACGCCAUUGUAUUUACCAUUUCAAGAAAUUCCUCAGACCUCAACAUCACAGCCGAUGGGACUUUGACGUGGAGCCCCAGAAGCUCAGAGCCAGCAUUUGGCGUGGUGAGUGCCAGCGACGGCAAGGCCUCUACUUCGCUGCUGCUCAACCUCACCUUGUGCAACUGUAGCGCCCACUCCACGUGCCUCUACAACCAGAUCACCCUGAGCAUCACCGGCAGCGACGGAUCCACUUUCCAGGUUGCCGGCUGUCUGUGUGAUCCUGGCUACGCGGGAGCAUACUGCACGGACGACUACAAUGCCUGUGUAGACAGCCCUUGUCAUCCUGGAGUGAACUGCACAGAUCAACCUGCACCCUCCCUAGGCUUUUCGUGUGGGCCCUGUCCCGUUGGGCUCACAGGCAACGGGAGCAAGUGUUACGAUGUGAACGAAUGCCUGGAAGUACCCGCCAAAUGCAAUCAGACAUGCUUGAACAACAAUCAUGGAUAUACAUGCUCUUGCAACAUUGGCUACAUCAACACCACCAUCGACAGCUCUAUGUGCCAAGAUAUCAAUGAAUGUGCCCUCAAUUCGUCGCUUUGUGUUGAAAAUGGUGUCUGUUUCAACACGCUCGGGAGCUACGAGUGCAAUUGCAAGGAAGGGUAUCAAGGGGUUGGCUCUAUCUUGUGUCAAGAUAUUAAUGAGUGUAGUGCCGCGAUCGAUCCCUGCCUAUCCACAAACAACUCCUAUUGCCAGAAUACUCCAGGGUCCUACAAGUGCAACUGUUUUCCUGGCUACAAUGGGACAAACUGCGCAGAUAUAAAUGAAUGUGCAAUUCAAAACACAUGCCAUACCAAUGCCACCUGUUCUAACAACGAAGGUUCCUACAACUGCAUUUGUAAACAAGGCUUUACAGGAGAUGGCAGAAUGUGCAGUGACAUCGAUGAAUGUUUGACAAAUUGCACAGACCAAUCUGUACAGUGCGUCAACACGAUUGGAUCUUACAGCUGCUCUUGUGCUAAAGGAUACACCCACAUUGGGGAUAACAACCCAGGUAAUGCUACUGUGUGCGAGGACAUCGACGAGUGUGGGAGAGUCCCAGCUAUGUGUGGCUUGGGAACGGUUUGUGAGAACACAGUGGGGUCAUACCGCUGUCCCUGCGCUCCAGGAUAUCAACGCAACACAAGUGAUGGAAAUGCAACAUGCUCACUGGCAACGACAUAUUCAACCACGCCAUGGACUGAUAAUUCAACACAGUCACCACAGACAGCAAGUCCACCAAGAUCAACCACCUCAAACACAACGAGUAAUUCUACAGUAUUCUUCACAUCAGAAGGUGUAUCGGCCACGACUGCACCAAUAAAUGCAUCAUUCACUGCAAUUACUCAACCUCCAUCAUUCUCAACAUCAGCCGCCCCGGUAACACAUACAACAGAUUCUAUGAAUGCAACCACUACCAUUGUAAACACAUCACCAAUAACAGUGCCCUCAAACACAGCAGCGAAUACAUCAGCUGUGGAGUCGACAACAGCAUCAAUAACGAGAGUUGGGACCGAAAGCACAUUAGUGAAUAUGAAUGCAACAAGUCCCGUAGCUCUUACAGCAGCAUCAAACGCAACUUCAAAGACCACUGUGACAUCAGUGACCACCGCAGCAAUGUCUACAAUAGGACCUAAUGGCACAAACGUGACUCUACCAAUAUUAUUUGGGAUAUCAAGCACAACAACCACAGCCACAAUGACACCAGCGGCUCCCAAUUCCUCAACGGUAGCGUCGACAAGUGCGAAUCCGCUGUUGUCGCCUGCUACAUCGAACACGACAGCAGUUAACACAUCUGUGGGCUCGGCAACAACAUCAACAACUAUAUUGCCAACCAAUAGCACACCAGUGACUGCACUUACAAACCAGUCAACAAGCACAGCUGUGACUCAACUGAUAGUGAACUCACCCACCUCAUACACAACAAUAAUAUCAACAGUGUCAUCGUCUACGGCCUCAACCACAAAUGCAGCAGUCACUCCGGCUUCAACAAUUAGUAGCAUUUCAACGGUGACAUCUCCAACGACUUCAUCGACUUCCACCACUGUGUCUAACUCAGAGAAAAGACUUUUCGAAUAUGGACCAACUGUGGGUGACACAACUAUGAAGAUCAUGUCCACGGAUUCAGUGUCUCGGUUCUUCUCACCUCCGUAUGGAUUUCCUUUUGCCUCCAAGUUCUACCAGCGGUUGUAUUUUACAGACAAUGGCCUGAUUAUUUUCAAAGAUGUCGAAGAUUCAACGAGGUUUGCCUAUCCCAACCCCUUCAUCAACGGUUUUACAGAUGCCUCUUCAAUCCCUAUGAUUGCCGUGUUCUGGGAUGAUGCUGACUUCUCCUCAGACACUGGGGCGAUGUACUAUCAGGAGUAUGAUUUUACUCAAGGCCUCAGCAAUAAAAAUGAUGCCUUGACGCUUCGUGGGAAGGUGAUGGAGCAGAUCCGAGCCAACUUUAGCAGCCAGUCAGACACACGUGGCUAUGAGCCCACAUGGAUGUUGAAGAUCACCUGGGUGGAGGCCCCGGCUGUGCCUGCCAGAAUCAACUUUAACUACACGAACACCUUCCAGGCCGUUCUGAGCACGGAUGGCGACUCCUCGUUCUGCCUCAUAUUUUUCAAAGAUGGAGGCAUGCAAUGGAGGCCAGAAGCCAGAGACCCCGGCUCUAACAAUGCCCUCAUGGGAUUCAAUAGUGGAACAAACCGGUUCUAUUACAAUGACGCACUGUCAAGAUCCACAAAUCCAGCUCGCUAUCGCCCAGAUACGGUCAUUGGAAACAAUACUGGUCUAACAGGAAGAUGGGCUUACAGGCUGGAUACAAACGUGGCUGUGACCACUAAUCCAAAGCGCAAGUGUAUGGACUGGUAUAGGAAUGAGUUAGUCCUGCCUUCCAUCAGCAGAUUCACUACCUGCCCCUGCUCUUUGUGGCAAGGACAGUUUGACAUGUCCUACAUCAAUGGGGACCUCAUAUCCAGAUAUGGCUACCAGCCUCUAAAUGUCACAGGUUCAUUUAUGAGCUUGCAGAACUUUAAUAAAGAUAUAUUUGGUGGAGGGGUGAGAUGCCACUACAACACAUUUGGGGCCCUUGUGUCUGGGUCGUAUGAGAGGUAUCUUCCUACCCCUUGGAUCCCCAACAUUCUGCAGCCAGACAUUCAACUUUACUCGACAAAUGAAGUACAACCAUAUCAAUCAUGUUGCCAGUCUGGAGAUGCCAGGUUUUGCAGUCUGUACCAACAGAAACGCCCUCCCAACAAAUGUGCUUUUUACAGGCCACCCUUUGCUGCGUUUCUCAUUGGCGACCCUCACAUCACGACCCUGGACAAUGUCUCGUACACCUUCAAUGGCCUGGGAGAGUACACUGUGUUGGAAGCGGUUGGAGAUGGGGUGAAUUUCACCAUGCAGGGCCGCACAGGAAUUGCGAGGACCAAUGCCUCCGCCAAUAUUUCUUCAAAAGCAACUUCCUUCAUAGCCAUUGUUGCACAGGAGACCGGCGGCAUUAAGGUUGAAUGGAUUCUCAAAAACGACAGCAUAUUAGUACUGGUAGAUGGCAAACAGAUCAAUUCAACAGAUGACAUCUACAGGCAGAACGUGUCGAUCAAAUGGACAAUAACCGGACAGGUGGUAGCCACCUUCGCAUCAGGCAUCUCAGUGAACGUGUCCAGCCUUCCUGGGGCCCUCAACUUCAUCACCUCAUUGCAAGAGAGUUUUAACAACCGCACGAAAGGCCUGCUGGGUGUUUUCAACAAGGAUCCCACCGAUGACUUCCAAGCUUCAAAUGGAACAGUUCUUCGCUUCAACGGAAGCAGUGUGCCUAAUGAAUCGCAAAUAUAUUAUAGCUUUGGAGUUACAUGGCAAACAAACGAAAACACAAGCCUGUUUACUUAUAACGCCACCAGUGGGGAGACUUGGUCCACAUUCAACAACAACAACAGCUUUGUGCCUACAUUCUAUGAAGAACUCAUAAAUCAGACAUCUGCAGAACGACUUGCCUCCAUUAACGCUUCAUGUGGAGGACAGUUUGACUGCAUAUUUGACGUGCUGAGUACCGGGGACACCGAGUUUGGGCUGGCCACAUUGAAGAGCGCUAUGGAAUUUGGCUCUCAGCAGAAAGCUCUACAAAACUUCCCUCCCAACAUUACCAGCGACGGGCAAAUUUCUGCCAAGCUGAUUCAAGUAGUUACAGUCAAUAUCAGCGCAGUGGACCCGAACAACGACACCAUUGUAUUUACCAUUUCAAGAAAUUCCUCAGACCUCAACAUCACAGCCGAUGGGACUUUGACGUGGAGCCCCAGAAGCUCAGAGCCAGCAUUUGGCGUGGUGAGUGCCAGCAACGGCAAGGCCUCUUCUUCGCUGCUGCUCAACCUCAUCUUGUGCAACUGCAGCGCCCACUCCACGUGCCUCUACAACCAGACCACCCUGAGCAUCACCGGCAGCGACGGAUCCACUUUCCAGGUUGCCGGCUGUCUGUGUGAUCCUGGCUACGCGGGAGCGUACUGCACGGACGACUACAAUGCCUGUGUGGACAGCCCUUGUCAUCCUGGAGUGAACUGCACAGAUCAACCUGCACCCUCCCUAGGCUUUUCGUGUGGGCCCUGUCCCGUUGGGCUCACAGGCAAUGGGAGCAAGUGUUUCGAUGUGGACGAAUGUCUCAAUUCGCCCCCACCAUGCGAGCAGACCUGCUUGAAUACGCUCAAAAGCUUCGAAUGCAACUGUACCACUGGCUUCAUCAUCAACACAGAAAAUAGCACACAAUGCGACGACAUCGAUGAGUGCGCCUUGAACUCUACACUUUGUCAUGCAAAUGGCCAAUGUGUGAACACACCUGGGGGUUACAAUUGUACAUGCAAACCUGGAUUCCAAGGAGAUGGAAAAUUAUAUUGCAUAGAUAAAGAUGAGUGUGCAUUGGCCACCAAUCCCUGCUUUUCCAUUAACAAUUCGGUCUGCCUGAACAGUGAAGGGUCCUAUUCUUGUAACUGCACAUCUGGCUACGCUGGACCAAACUGCACAGAUAUAAAUGAGUGUACAAGUGGCCAUGAUUCAUGUCACUCAGAUGCCACAUGCUCCAACACGGACGGUUCCUACAGUUGCAGCUGCAACACCGGCUACAUCGGAAAUGGCAUGAACUGCGCCGAUGAAGACGAGUGUUCGAAUGGGAAAAGCAACUGUGAUAGGAAUUAUGCAAACUGUGUGAACACCAAUGGAUCCUUCACUUGCCUAUGUGCCAGCGCAUACACUGGCAAUGGGACCUACUGCACAGACAUCAAUGAAUGCGAGAAUACAACCAUCUGCCGAGCCAAUGAAAAUUGCAUGAACGUACCCGGUAACUAUACCUGUGAGUGCAAUGCUGGAUACAGACGGAAUGCAACCCUUUGUACAGACAUCGAUGAAUGUGCGGAAUCACAGCCGUGCGACAAGAAAACCAAGAUAUGCAUAAACAACAAUGGCUCGUACACAUGCAUCUGCAAUGCAGGAUACCAGCUGGACGCCUACGGAAACUGUACAGAUAUCAACGAGUGUGCCAUCACAUCCCUGAACAAAUGCACGGCGGAAAGUGUCUGCCAGAACUUUGAUGGCAGCUACUCGUGCCAGUGCAAGGCUGGAUACAGGGAUACUGGAGGCAACUGCACCGACAUUGAUGAGUGUCAACCACCAAUGAACACAUCUCAGCCUUGCAAAGGCCCAGUUGGUGUCAACUGCACCAACACCCCUGGCCUUUUCAAGUGCACUUGUCCACCUGGAUAUUACCUGGAAAAUGAUGGAACAACCUGCCUAGAUGUUGAUGAAUGUAUGAAAAGUCUUCACAACUGCUCUCAGAACUGCACGAACACUCAAGGAGGCUAUGAGUGCAGCUGCUUCGAUCUCUUCAGCAACGUGAAUGGCACUUGUCAACUUCAAACGACUACACCGCCUCAAACAACAGGAAUUACCAAUACAACACAAGCCUCACCCUCUGCAGGAGUUUAUUUUACAGCCAAUACGUCAAGCUCAACAAGAGCACCAUUAACAGAAAUUUCUACAGACGGAGUUAAUUCUACGAUUGUUUCAAGCCCGGCAACAGCCUCACCAACAGCAACUUCUACAAUUGAAGUUAAUUCUACGAUUGUCUCAAGCCCAGCAAUAGCCUCACCAACAGCAACUUCUACAAUCGGAGUUAAUUCUACGAUUGUCUCAAGCCCAGCAAUAGCCUCACCAACAGCAACUUUUACAAUUGAAGUUAAUUCUACGAUUGUCUCAAGCCCAGAAGCAGCCUCACCAACAGCAACUUCUACAAUCGGAGUUAAUUCUACGAUUGUCUCAAGCCCAGCAAUAGCCUCGCCAACAGCAAAUUCUACAAUUGAAGUUAAUUCUACGAUUGUCUCAAGCCCAGCAAUAGCCUCACCAACAGCAACUUCUACAAUCGGAGUUAAUUCUACGAUUGUCUCAAGCCCAGCAAUAGCCUCACCAACAGCAACUUCUACAAUCGGAGUUAAUUCUACGAUUGUCUCAAGCCCAGAAACAGCCUCACCAACAGAAAAUUCUACAAUCGGAGUUAAUUCUACGAUUGUCUCCAGCCCAGCAAUAGCCUCACCAACAGCAACUUCUACAAUCGGAGUUAAUUCUUCGAUUGUCUCAAGCCCAGCAACAGCCUCACCAACAGCAACUUCUACAAUUGAAGUUAAUUCUACGAUUGUCUCAAGCCCAGAAGCAGCCUCACCAACAGCAACUUCUACAAUCGGAGUUAAUUCUACGAUUGUCUCAAGCCCAGCAAUAGCCUCACCAACAGCAACUUCUACAAUUGAAGUUAAUUCUACGAUUGUCUCAAGCCCAGAAGCAGCCUCACCAACAGCAACUUCUACAAUCGGAGUUAAUUCUACGAUUGUCUCAAGCCCAGCAAUAGCCUCACCAACAGCAACUUCUACAAUUGAAGUUAAUUCUACGAUUGUCUCAAGCCCAGCAAUAGCCUCACCAACAGCAACUUCUACAAUCGUAGUUAAUUCUACGAUUGUCUCAAGCCUAGAAACAGCCUCACCUACAGCAACUACAAUCGGAGUUAAUUCUACGAUUGUCUCAAGUCCAACAACAGCAUCACCAAUCACUGCUCCUACAGACGGAGUUAAUUCUACGAUUGUCUCAAGCCCAGCUACAGCCUCACCAACAGAAACUUCUACAAUCGGAGUUAAUAUUACGAUUGUCUCAAGCCCAGCAACAGCCUCACCAACAGCAAAUUCUACCAUCGGAGUUAAUUCUACGAUUGUCUCAAGCCCAGCAAUAGCCUCACCAACAGCAACUUCUACGAUCGGAGUUAAUUCUACGAUUGUCUCAAGCCCAGCAACAGCCUCACCAACAGCACCUUCUACAAUCGGAGUUAAUUCUACGAUUGUCUCAAGCCCAGCAACAGCCUCACCAACAGCAACUUCUAUAAUCGGAGUUAAUUCUACGAUUGUCUCAAGCCCAGCAACAGCAUCACCAAUCACAGCUUCUACAGACGGAGUUAAUUCUACGAUUGUCUCAAGCCCAGCAACAGCAUCACCAAUCACAACUUCUACAGACAAAGUUAAUUUUACGAUUGCCUCAAGCCCAACAACAGCCUCGCCAAAAGCAAAUUCUACAAUCGGAGUUAAUUCCACGAUUGUCUCAAGCCCAACAACAGCCUCACCAACAGCAAAUUCUACAAUCGGAUUUAAUUCUACGAUUGUCUCAAGCCCAGCACCAGCAUCACAAAUCGCAGUUUCGACGGACAGAGUUAAUUCUACGAUUGUCACAAGCCCAGCAACAGUAUCACCAAUCACAACUUCUACAGACGGAGUUAAUUCUACAACAAAUGCUUCGACCACAGCAACAUCUCCAGUUUCCCCCAUUGUAGGGCAAACUUCAACAACCGUUUCCUCUACAACAGGCACUUCCUCUAGUCCAAUAACUGCAACAUCGACCAGCAGGACAAAUGUGACAGCUGAUACUCUCGGUUCCACGUCAGCCACAACUGUGACUUCGACUGUUCCACCUACUUCACAGUCAACCGUGACGGUGGCUCAGAACACAACGGGCACUUCAGCUCCAUCAGGUGCAACCGCGUCUUCGACUGUUAUAGUUCCGCCAUCCACAUCUUCAACCGCGACAUCGACGUCAGUCGGGACGACGACCACGUCGCAGCCAUCCACAACCACCACACAGUCUCCCACGCUUAUAGAUUACAGACUUUUUGCAUAUGGCACAAAUGUAAACGAUAUCAUUCUGCAGUCCCGAUUGACAGACUUUGUGUCUCCGUACUUCAUGCCACCCUAUGAUUUUCCUUUUGGUUCCAAGUUCUUCCAGAAACUAUACUUUUCAGACAAUGGGGUGAUCGUCUUCCAGCAAAGUGAAGAGACGAAUAAAUUUUCCUAUCCAAAUCCCUUCUCCGGUGGCUUUCCAACUUCAUUCUCAGUCACAAUGAUUGCUGUCUUCUGGGAUGAUUCUGACUUCUCGUCGAAUGUCGGCAAGAUCUAUUAUCAGGAGUAUGAUUUUACGGACGGCAAAGUCCAAACUUCGCACGCAAAGGAACUUCGGCAGAUGGUGCAGGCGCAGAUCAGAGCCAACUUCACGCAAACGGAAGUGCAGACCUACACGCCCGUAUGGAUGCUGAAGAUCACGUGGGAAAACGCCACAGCUGUGCCAGCCAACAGCAACUUGAAUUACACAAACACAUUCCAGGCUGUGAUUAGCACCGAUGGCGUCUACUCAUUCUGCCUGAUCAUGUUUAAGGAUGGAGGCAUGCAAUGGAGGACGGAGGCUAGGGACAAGCUGGCAAACAACGCUUUUAUAGGAUUCAACAGUGGAACAUCUGCCGCAUACAUCGACCCAGUGUCAUUGAAUGCAACAACCAAGUAUCGUCCCGACCAGGUCAAAGGAUUGCUUACUGGCCUAAAUGGAAGAUUCGCCUACAAUCUGACAGACAUCGUGCCAAAUAGAAAAAAUACAAAGCAUCAGUGUCUGAAUUGGUAUUCAAACGAUACAGCUCAGCCGUCUAUCAACCCCAUCAAGAGCUGUCCCUGUUCCUUUUGGCAAGGAAUGUUUGACAUGUCCUACGUGGAUGGAAACCUCAUCACCACGUACGGCUACCAGCUUCCAUAUGUCCCAGGUGCAUUUUGGAGUCUUCAAAACUUCUGGACAGAUGCCAAUGGUGGAGGGGUGAGAUGCCACUACAACCGAUGGGGCGCCCUGGUGUCCGGGUGGUAUGAGCGCUACCUCCCCACCCCCUGGACGAGUUUGUCAAGAGUAUCGAAUCAGCAGUACCUGACAAAUGAAGUGGACCCGUACAACGCUUGCUGCAGAUCUGGAGACAAGGGACUGUGCAAUAUGUACCAGCAGAGGCGUCCCUCUGACCGUUGUUCAUACUACAGACCACCUUUCUACGCAAUUCUCAUUGGCGACCCUCACAUCACAACACUGGACAACGUCUCUUACACGUUUAACGGCCUUGGAGAGUACACAAUCCUGGAAGUGUUUACAAACAAUGUCAUAAACUUCACCAUGCAGGGUCGAACUGGAAUUGCAAGCGCCAAUGCGAGUGCCAAUGUGAUCACUAAAGCCACUUCAUUCAUAGCCAUCGUAGCACAGCAGAUCGGUGAUGACAAGGUUGAAUGGAUCCUGAAGAACACCAGCAUUGUAAUGUUAGUCAACGGUGCAGUUGUGGCUGUAAACGGUUCGUUAGGUUCGUAUAGCAAUGGAAACAUAGCGAUUAAGACGGGCCCAGCGAAUGUGGCGGCCGUGUUCUCCUCGGGCAUCUCUGUGAACGUGUCGGGGACUUCAGGAGCCCUCAACUUCAUCACGCUACUGCCCGAGCGCUUUGCAUCUGCCAAAACACAGGGCCUGCUGGGUGUUUUCAACUAUAAUCCAAAAGAUGAUUUCACAUUCAAGAAUGGAACUGUGCUGCCAUUUAAUGGAGCAGAUGUGCCUGCGGAGGCUAAAUUGUAUGAUUUUGCAAUUACAUGGAAAACUGCAGCUAAUGAAAGUCUGUUCACCUAUAACACCAGUGCUGGGGAGAGCUGGGACACUUUUAACAACAACAGCUUCAUGCCGGUGUUUUAUGAAGACCUCAUAAAUCAGACAUCUCCAGAACAACUGGCCAGUGUUAAUGUUUCCUGCGGAGGCCAGAAGGACUGCAUAUUUGACGUUCUGAGUACAGGGAACACCAACUUUGGACUGGCCACACGGGACAGCUCUGGAGUCUACACAUCAUUGGGCAAAGUGCUACAAAAUUUCCCUCCAAAUAUAACGAGCAGUGGACAAAUUAAUGCCAUGGUUGGUGAAACAGUGUUGGUAAAUAUCAGCGCGGUGGAUGUCAACAAUGACAAAAUUGAGUUCUCACUUGUAACCAAUUCUUCGAACAUCAACAUUUCAGCCGAUGGCAAGUUGACGUGGAGCCCCAGAAGCUCAGAGCCAGUUUUUGGCGUAGUGAGCGCCAGCGACGGCAAGGCCUCCUCUGCGCUGCUGCUCACCCUCACCUUGUGCAACUGCAGCGCGAACUCCACGUGCCUCUACAACCAGACCACCCUGAGCCUCAACAGCAGUGAUGGAUCCACUUUUCAGGUUGCUGGCUGCAAGUGUAACCCGGGGUACACAGGGAUGCAAUGCACGGACAACUUCGAUGCUUGUGCAGACAACCCAUGUCAUCCUGGUGUAGCAUGCUUGGACCAGCCUCCGCCCUCCGUGGAUUUUAACUGUGGACCUUGCCCUACAGGACUCACAGGAAAUGGAUCCAAGUGUUAUGAUGUUGACGAAUGUACGAAGUUGAUGUCCAACUGCAGCCAAAACUGUACCAACACCCCAGGAGGGUUUCAGUGUAGCUGUUACAGUGGAUUUCACAGUGUGAAUGGCGUGUGUAAUCCGGACACUGCAUGUCAGGUGAACAUCUGCAGUGAAAAUGGGGCCUGUUACAUCGUCGACAGCUUAAAUGCAUCAGCCUGUCAAUGCAACAACGGUUACAUCCUGAACGGCACGAGCAGAACGGAGUGCAUCAACAAGAACGAGUGCAUCUCAUCCUCACCUUGCGACACCACAUAUGGGACGUGCAGUGACACAAUGGGCAGCUUUGUGUGUGGCUGCGUGGCUGGGUACAUAAUCGGCAGCAACGGUCGCACCUGUCAGGAUAUCAACGAGUGUCAGAAUGGAAACGCCAACUGCAAGACUAAUUCGUCGUGUCAGAACACCCAAGGGUCCUUCAAAUGCACAUGCGAUAUUGGAUUCCAAAUGAACGGAACAGAAUGUGUGGACAUAGAUGAGUGCAAAACCACAAACAACUGCACUGGAAACUCUGUGUGUGAGAACACUGUGGGCUUCUACCUCUGCUGCUACCCUGGUUAUAAAAGCAAUGGAAAUAUUUGUGAGGACGAGGAUGAAUGCUCCGUGGGCAAGCAUAAUUGUACUGGGCAGCAGACCUGCAUCAAUACCGUUGGAUCAUACAAUUGCCAGUGCAAUCAGGGAUACCAGCAAACUGGAUCAACUUGUGUUGACAUCAAUGAGUGCGAUACGACCAAGUGCCCUCCACUCGCCAAAUGCACAAACAUUCCUGGCUCAUACACAUGUCUUUGCCCAAGCAACUACUACAAUAAUGGCAAGCAGUGUGUGGUGACAAGUUGUGCGCAGACCACAUGUACUACUGAGUACUGCAGUAAUGGAGGAACUUGCUUCAAUAAUUUGAAUUGCACUGCCACAUGUGCUUGCUUGCCUGGCCACACGGGUGACAAAUGCCAGUAUGGUCUUGACAUUGUCAGUUCAUACAUCGACACAGACUUGCACGUGGCAUACUCGCUGUUCAUAUUUGCAUCAUUUGGCACUGAGACUAAUAAAACAAUUAUAAGCUACAACACUUCAUCAGCGGUUAUAGCAAAGUUGAUGGUAUCUAAAAUCUACUACGACUUCAAAGUGAACGCUAUGAGUACCGCACAACCAUUUAUCCUGAACUGCACUGCUCGUUUUAACUACACAACAAACCAGGAUGUGAUUUCCAUAUACGAUGGGACUCUAAAUUCAACGAUUAAUAACAUCAACUAUGCCACGCGUGCUGCACUACAAAACCUGACACUGCUAAAUUCAACAAUGUCUAAUCCACUUUCCAAGGAUGACCUCCUUAACUACACAGUAUGCAGUACAAAUAUGCCUGGAUACAAAGCUGUGUGGAAUGGCACAUACAACAUCGUAUGCAGGUCUCCCUGUGUGAACUCAAAUUUGUGUAACAAUGGAGGAACAUGUUUGCCCUCGAACACUGGGCCUGUGUGCAUCUGCCAACAAGAAGGACUGUACCAUUCUGAUGGACCCACGUGUGAAAACAUCACUAUCAAAACAUCGGCCUUCUUCGCAAUAUUAUUCGCAAGUCUUGGAACUUUGACUUUGCUUGGAAUAGGUACCUACAUAUGCUGGAGAUACAAAACAGGAAGAAGCUACAAUAUAUUUGGGAAUCAUAAGAGUUCACGAAUUCGUGACGAAGGAUUAUACCAAUAUAUACCUCAUAACCUUCCAGCGUCGUCCACCAGCAAGGCAGCGUAAUUGAUCUCCAUCACGAACCUCGAAGCACUUUGGAACUCAAGCAUGAAAAACAACUCCGCAUAUAAAACCCACUAAGUUUAUUAUCCAUAUGCUGUACUUUUGUGAAAGCAAUUUUAAAUUGGAUACAUUCCUACACUCGGUCUACUAUUGACCAAUAAUUUAAAAAUGCAGAAUAUUACGAAACCCUUUUAAUAAUGCUGUAUAAUAACAUGCGGCAUGUGCAAUGGGAAUGUGUUGGCGACAUUUAUUCUUAGGUAAUUUUAAGCAAUUCUAACCAGUUUUGAGCUAUCGACAUAUAUAUCUACCAUGAAAACAUGCUCAUUACCAUUAUGCAUUGUUUUUAUUUGUUAGCAAUGGAUUUUUAUAAUUCAUCAUCAGUCAUUCUCAAUCCACUGCUGGACGAAAGCUUCACCGUCGCCAUCCUCACACAGUCCUGCGAUGCGACAACCUAUCCCAAUCCUGCGCAUGCGCCGAUCUCAUUGUUCCAUCUCACCUGGUUGUUCAUCCUCUUGAGAGUGUUCCUGCCUUAAAUAGUCAUUCCAUCACUGGUCUUGGCCAUCAACCCUGUGAAGGAAAAUAAGUGGCCUAUGCUCACUUACGUUCCUCAAGAGUAAAUCUGAUUUUCAUGUGUUGGCCAGCUCACGUGUCACUCUUCUGUGGCUCAUUGUAUGCCCCAGCAUUCCCAAUUUUCCAAAUAUUUUAGAUGUCAAUACUUUUUAAUGCAAUUUCAUCCGAGGUAUGAUGAGUGGUAAACAAUGUUUUGAUAUUGAAUGGAACUCGAAAAAGGUUUCUUAUUUGUGUGUUGUUAAUUAUUAAUCAUACAGAAUGGGUCAUAUGCAGGUGCCUGUGAUUAACUAUUACUAGUACUGGUAUUUGUGUCACUAUACAGUUACAAAGGUAAUCCCGUUGACAUUGAACAGUAAUAAAUAUAUUCAGGGAUUUUAUUUACCCUCUGGAGAUUCAAAUAAUUGAAUGGGAUGAAUUUGGUAAAUUAUAAUUGCACAAUAAAACUGUCAUUAUUGUGCGACAACAACGCAAUAACACGAUAUUUAGUACAAUGUUUAAAGGUAGGCUUGUGAGCCAAGUGUGACGGAUGCUAAAUUGGGGGUGGUUUUUGACAGGUUAUGGUGUGAAAGGCAGUUUUUGAAUUACCGUGUGCUAUGGUGAGAGAGGGCACACACAUUCAUUCAUGAUUUGAAACAACGGGUCAUGCUGGGCUUAGAUCAACAAGCCACAUUAUUGGGUCAGAGUUCACAUUAAUUUGUAACUUCGACCACCUUCACAUCAUCUGAAUAUCAUAGGUUUUCAAAUGACUCCUCAUUCGUAGACAUUUGUAGAGUGCUCAAGGAGGAGUUAUCUGAGCAAACGUACACAUACUGCACGUACGUUAGUUGCACAUGAAGAUAGGUGUUACAUAUAUUAUAUAUUAAUUAUAUUCAUUAUUACAUAGCUUGAGUGAAUACAACAGUUGUUUACGUGAUUACAAUACAGUAAUUGUGGCAAAUAGUUUGGAAAUAUGGUCUACAUUUUGAAUUUUACUGGUAUUGCCUUAGAAAACUAAAAAUGGUGAUAUGCUAUGUGAUGUGAUAGGCCAUCAGUAAAAAUGUUGCUAUGAAGGCAUGCAUUUAAUCUCCAUGGUUGUGGUUUUAUAACAUGAAUAUGCAAGUGGAUGAAAGUCAAUGACAAUUACAAUCAAGUCACUUGGUAAAAUAGUAAUUACAAUACACACACUAUCAGAUAAAGUCCUCCCAGUGCUGUGCCAAGUCGAGGGGGUUGUUUGACCCUACUUUACCACACUGAUCCGUGGAGUUGUGAAAAUGCUUUGCUGGAGCAGAUUUAUUGUCGCCAUAGAGAGGAAACCGAGGUAGAAGCAGGUUCUUUUGCCACCGUUUCAUAAUCGAAAUAUUGCAGUCAUGGCCACCAAAACCAGUGCAAAAUGUAAUGUGAUCACGUAAUGUCAAUAAUGAAAUCAUUGUAAUAUUCCAAUAAACAUGUAAACUUUGCUGGA